AUGGUGCUGCGAAACAUGGGGUUCCCGGAGCGGUUUGUCGCUUGGGUGGAAGGCCUGCACGAGGGGACAACGACGAAGCCGUUAAUCAACGGCUGGCUGAGCGAGGGAAUACAAGUGCGGUCGGGAGUUAGGCAGGGGUGCCCUCUUGCACCUUACAUAUUCCUCUGCGCCGUGGAGCCGUUGGCACAGUUGGCGGAAAAAAGGAAGCUGGGGCUCAGCCUGGCGGAGCAGAGACUAGCGUACCUGGGCUAUGCUGACGACACUACGCUCGUCCUCCAAGGGAAAUGUCAAAUCAAGAAAGCGGUGAGGGCGCUCGCUAAGUUUGCGAAAGAGUCCGGCCUGGCGAUGAACAAGGGGAAAUCGGUCGUGAUGCUGCUGGGUGUGAACCUUACCUCCAACCCCAUUGCAUCAGACGGUUUCAAAUGGGCAGCGGCGGAUGAAGCAGAGCAUCUUCUGGGGGUCUGGAUCACGCCAAACGGUAGCUGCAGACCAACAUGGGAGAAGGCGUUAGAGGAUAUUACGGGGAAGCUGCAGAAAUGGCACGAGAAGUACCUUACAAAAACGGCCAGAGGAGCGGUGGUGAAUAACUAUAUCUCUCCAAAGAUCUCGUUCCUGGCUGAGGUGUAUCCCCCGCCGGAUGACAUCUGGCUGGAGAUCGACAGAUCUCUGCACAACUUUGUCUCGGCCAAUCGUCCAACCUCGGCGAAAGGCUUCAUCCUCUGGCGUCGGGAGCUGGUGUACCUGCCAAGGGAUCUGGGGGGGCUUGGAGUGCGGGACCCGGGCAUCCUAUUAGCAUGUCUCUCUGCGAGACGCGCGGCGAUGCUCGCUACGGAGACAAACCUGCUGAAAAAAGACAUAAUCAUAAAGGCGGCGGAACUACCGAUGGGGUUAGACUCGUUUACGGCCCACAGAAACCACAUACGCUAUUGGAAAGGCCAUGGGACGAGGUGGAAAAUGAUCUGCGAGACCAUCCUGAUGUCGCCGCUGGGGGAACGGCCACUGGCAGAGGAAGCAGGGGAUGUGGCGCGGGAACCGCUACUAUUCAACCGCCGCAUCCUGCCUAACGGAAAGACACCACUGGGAGGGCAGAUAGCAGCAGCUCAGCUUAAAGAUUGGAACAUGGGGAAGUUGAGAUGCACGAGGGCGGACGGGGCCCAAAGUUUCAAGACAUUGGAGCAGCUAAAAACGAAGUUGGAAGAGAUAGCACCGGCUAGACUGGCGCUCAAGGCGCUUGAGGCUGCACCGGAGGAGUGGAAGAAAGUGUUGGUGGCAGCUGGAGGCAUUAGCUCGGCUGCCUCGCAGCAGCAACAGCUACCGUAUGUCUCGAGCGAGGGGAUUUUUUCACUGAAGCAGAUGAGGAGGUUUUGGGGGUCGGGCCAGGCCUCCAACAAGCAGGAGAAGUGGGCGAGCAGAUGGGGCACUCAAAUAGACUGGAGGAAGGUCAUUGCCAUCAGGGACUCUCGGGUGGUUCCUAACCGCCCACGCAGUAUUCUGCUGAGGAUCCACGGCCUCAAUCUCCAGGCUCUGCGUAUGAUAAAUCCAGCCCGCCGCAUCUCCUCGCUAGGGUACAUGCUCUUCAAGCGUGCUGGCUCUGACUCAGCUUUUCCGGAAGCAACUCUGACUGCGAUUGGUUUACACCAGAUCUAG